AUGGAGCUGGUGGUGACAGAUCCCAGCUUACCCAGACCCAACAUCUCUCUGAGCUCCACUGGGGUCACCGCCCCAGGGGCAGACGUCACCAUCCGGUGUGAGGGGCAGCACUGGGACGUGAGGUUCUUCCUGCACAAGGCUGGAGACGGGAACCCGCAGCGACACAUGGACCCUGCUGGGGCCGGGGCCGAGUUCCGCAUCCCCAGCGUGGGCCGGCAGCACGGAGGGAACUACAGCUGCAGCUACCGGCGCCCAUCAGAGCCCUUCAUCUCCUCAGAGCCCAGCGACACCGUGCAGCUGGUGGUAGCAGAGCGUGAAUUUCUCAAACCCACCAUCUGGGUGAGCCCCAGCAGGGUGGUGGCGCUCGGGGGAAACAUCACCAUCCGCUGUGAGGGUCAGGACCCGGGCAUGGAGUUUGUUCUGCGUAAAGUUGGACACCCGAACAUGCAGCUGCAGACAGUCCCUCAUGGGCCCAUGGCUGAAUUUCCCAUCCCCAGUGUCAGCCGGGAAGAUGGAGGGAGCUACACCUGCGACUAUCGCUCCAUAACGGAACCGAGUCGCUGGUCGUAUCCCAGCGACCCCGUCGAGAUCAUUGUAGCAGAGCCCCGCUACCCCAAACCCAACAUCACCCUGCAGAGCCGCAGCUGGGGGGUCUCCCUGGGAGGAGCCGUGACCAUCUGGUGUCGGGGGCAGCGCCAGGACGUGCGGUUCGUGCUGAAUAAAGAGCGACGCCGUUUCCCACCUGUGGAUUCGGUUGGGUUGGAGGCUGAGUUUCCCAUCAGCAACGUGAGCCGGGAGGACGGCGGGAGCUACAGCUGCUUCUAUCACAGCAAAUCGGAGCCGUUCAACGUGUCGUACCCCAGCGACCCCGUGGAGCUGGUGGUAAGAGAUCCCAGCUUACCCAGACCCUCCAUCUCUCUGAGCCCCACCGGGGUCAUUGCCCCAGGGGCAGAUGUCACCAUCCGGUGUCAGGGGCAGCGCCAGGACGUGAGGUUCUUCCUGCACAAGGCUGGAGACCGGAACCCGCAGCGACACAUGGACCCUGCUGGGGCCGGGGCCGAGUUCCGCGAGCCCUUCGUCUCCUCGCAGCCCAGCGACCCCGUGCUGCUGGUGGUAGCAGAGCGUGAAUUUCUCAAACCCACCAUCUGGGUGAGCCCCAGCAGGGUGGUGGCGCUCGGGGGAAACAUCACCAUCCGCUGUGAGGGUCAGGACCCGGGCAUGGAGUUUGUUCUGCGUAAAGUUGGACACCCGAACAUGCAGAUGCAGACGGUGCCUCAUGGACCCGAGGCUGAAUUUCCCAUCCCCAGUGUCAGCCGGGAAGAUGGAGGGAGCUACACCUGCGACUAUCGCUCCAUAACGGAACCGAGUCGCUGGUCGUAUCCCAGCGACGCCGUCGAGAUUAUUGUAGCAGAGCCCAGCUACCCCAAACCCAACAUCACCCUGAAGAGCCGCAGCUGGGGGGUCUCCCUGGGAGGAGCCGUGACCAUCUUGUGUCGGGGGCAGCACCAGGGCGUGCUGUUCGUGCUGAAUAAAGAGCGACGCCGUUUCCCACCUGUGGAUUCGGUCGGGUUGGACGCUGAGUUUCCCAUCAGCAACGUGAGCCGGGAGCACAGCGGGAGCUACAGCUGCUUCUAUCACAGCAAAUCGGAGCCGUUCGCCGUGUCGUACCCCAGUGACCCCGUGGAGCUGGUGGUGAGAGAUCCCGGUUUACCCAGACCCUCCAUCUCCCUGAACCCCACCGGGGUCGCCGCCCCAGGGGCAGACGUCACCAUCCAGUGUCAGGGGCAGCGCCAGGACGUGAGGUUCUUCCUGCACAAGGCUGGAGACCUGAACCCGCAGCGACACAUGGACCCUGCUGGGGCCGGGGCCGAGUUCCGCAUCCCCAGCGUGGGGCGGCAGCACGGAGGGAACUACAGCUGCAGCUACCAGCCCCGCUCAGAGCCCUUCGUCUCCUCAGAGCCCAGCGACCCCGUGCAGCUGGUGGUAGCAGAACGUGAAUUUCUCAAACCCACCAUCUGGGUGAGCCCCAGCAGGGUGGUGGCGCUCGGGGGAAACCUCACCAUCCGCUGUGAGGGUCGGCAACGAUCCAUGAAGUUCUUUCUGCGUAAAGCUGGACACCCGAACCCGCAGGUGCAGACGGUGCCUGAUGGGCCUGUGGCUGAAUUUCCCAUCACCGGUGUCGGCCGGGAAGAUGGAGGGAGCUACACCUGCGACUAUCACUCCAUAGCGGAACAGAGUCGCUGGUCAUAUCUGAGCGACCCCGUCGAGAUCAUUGUAGGAGAGCCCAGCUACCCCAAACCCAGCAUCUCCCUGAGCCCCAGCUGGGGGGUCUCCCUGGGGGGAGCCAUGGCCAUCCAGUGUCGGGGGCAGCACCAGGGCGUGCGGUUCGUGCUGAAUAAAGAGCGAUGCCAUUUCCCACCUGUGGAUUCGGAUGGGUUGGAGGCUGAGUUUCCCAUCAGCAACGUGAGCCGGGAGGACGGCGGGAGCUACAACUGCUCCUAUCACAGCAGGUCGGAGCCGUUCAACGUGUCGGACCCCAGUGACCCCGUGGAGCUGGUGGUGAGAGAUCCCAGCUUAUCCAGACCCUCCAUCUCCCUGAGCCCCACCGGGGUCACCGCCCCAGGGGCAGACGUCACCAUCCGGUGUGAGGGGCAGCGCCGGGACGUGAGGUUCUUCCUGCACAAGGCUGGAGACCUGAACCCACAGCAACACAUGGACCCUUCUGGGGCCGGGGCCGAGUUCCGCAUCCCCAGCGUGGGCCGGCAGCACGGAGGGAGCUACAGCUGCAGCUACCGGCCCCGGUCAGAGCCCUUCGUCUCCUCAGAGCCCAGCGACCCCGUGCGCAACACAUCAGUUAGGGGGCCAUGGGCAGAGCUGAAGGUUUUAAACCUCAGUGUAUACAGCUACCCCAAACCCAGCAUCUCCCUGAGCCCCAGCAGGGGGGUCUCCCUGUGGGGAGCCGUGGCCGUCUGGUGUCGGGGGCAGCACCAGGGCGUGCGGUUCGUGCUGAAUAAAGAGCGACGCCAUUUCCCACCUAUGGAUUCGGACGGGUUGGAGGCUGAGUUUCCCAUCAGCAACGUGAGCCGGGAGGACGGUGGGAGCUACAGCUGCUCCUAUCACAGCAAAUCGAAGCCAUUCGCCGUGUCGUACCCCAGCGACCCCGUGGAGCUGGUGGUGACAGAUCCCAGCUUACCCAGACCCUCCAUCUCCCUGAGCCCCACCGGGGUCACCGCUCCAGGGGCAGAUGUCACCAUCCGGUGUCAAGGGCAGCACCGGGAUGUGAGGUUCUUCCUGCACAAGGCUGGAGACCUGAACCCGCAGCGACACAUGGACCCUGCUGGGGCCGGGGCCGAGUUCCGCAUCCCCAGCGUGGGCUGGCAGCAUGGAGGGAGCUACAGCUGCAGCUACCGGCCCCAGUCAGAGCCCUUCAUCUCCUCGCAGCCCAGCGACCCCGUGGAGCUGGUGGUAGCAGGGGGAAACGACCUGACUCAGCCGGGAACGACACCGGCUUCCACCCGCCCAGGCACCGCAAGGCCAGGGCGAUCAGAACUGAAGCUGAGCAUCCCCAUCAUCGCCGCGGUGAGCGCGUCGGCCACCGGCCUCCUCCUCCUCGUGGCCUUCCUCUGCUACAGAAGAACCCAAGGAAAGAAAGGACGAGCCUGGAUACAGACCAGGGAGUCCGAGCCUGCAACCACAGUCUACACCCUGCUGGGUGAAGGGACGCAGCUGGAUGUCCUGCCCCAGGAGCCCGACCCCGGCGCCGAGGGACUCACCUACGCCGAGCUGGACGGCCAGGCGCUGCAGGCUAAGCGGGGGGGCCCGGCCCCCACCCCCGAGCCUUCCCAGCCCAGCGAGUACGCUGCUAUCAAUGUGAACUGGGAGCCCCACGGGCAGAGCCCCCGGGGGUGUAAGGGCACCUCCCACCCACCCACCCCCAUAGCGUGAACCCAGGGCGAGUCAUUGGAGCGACGGGCUGUGACAGCAUGAUUCCCCCCCGCCGCCCCCCAAGAACGGGCUCAGCUUAUAGCUCCCCUGUAGCCCUCUCUCCAGCUGGUGCUGCCCCACCCAGCCCCACGGGUGGGGGGCCAGGAGGGCUCAGCACCAGGAGGGGGAAGAGACGCAUCUAUUUUGCAUCCUGUUAAUCUCCAGAUUUGUAAGAAAAACAGAACCACAAACCAGCCCCCCUCCAGGUGACCCACAGCCCCACUGUACCUGCGCUGGGGGUGUGUGUAUUACAUGUGGGGGAGAUGGGAUCACUAGGGGGUGGGGCACGAGGGCUGGUAUCCAGGGACCCCUCACCCAGCACUGAGACGCGACCCCUCUGGGUAGGGUGCAGCAGCUGUUCCACCCAAAUAGUCAAUGGCUGCGAACGGGGCGGGCCCGGGGGCAGAGCUGGCCGGGUGGCACGGGCCAAACAGAACAGCCAUCUUGGGAGCAGGGCCGGGGACGGAGAGCCGGGGAUAAUGAUCCCGUGUAUCCUGUCUGUCUGCCUGAGUCUGCAGACAGCCCGGGGGGAACGGCUCAGAAGCAGGGAUGCCCCUUCCUGGGGUGCUGCCCAGCGGGGUGUCAACCCUGGAACCUACCAAACCAGAUAGAUACUGUGUUAACUCUGUUACCUACCAAUCCCAUGUGACACUGUUAACUCUGGAUCCUAAUGAUGGCCAUUAGUACACCACCCGGGGCCUGACAACAGUACUCACUGUCCCAGGAUCUCGCCAAUCCAGGAAUUUCUCCCCAUUGACCACCACCCUCCACGCUCACUGUGGGUCUGAGGGGCCUGAGCCCAGGAGAGUACACGCAGACAUAUAUGCUGGCAGGGCCGGCUGUAGGAUUUAUGGGCCGCUAAGAAUAUUAUUAAACUGGUGCCCCUGUGCCCAGCUUUUUCUUAGCAA